AUGAAGACUUCAAUCCUUCAAUAUGCUGCUCUUCUAGCAGUUACCUCAUUACCCGCCUCACGGGCAUGGCUUCCCCCCGUCGACAAGAUACGCGGUGUCAAUCUCGGCGGUCUUUUUGUCAUCGAGCCUUGGAUGCAGGCAACAUCCUGGAGCACCAUCGGGUGCUCAGCAUACAAGAGUGAGUUCGACUGUGUCAUGAAUCUUGGCCAGGAGGCUGCAAAUACGGCGUUUCAAAAACAUUGGGAUACCUUCAUCACCCAGGACGAUAUCACUCAGAUUGCGGGGUUGGGUCUGAAUACCAUCCGAAUCCCACUUGGAUACUGGAUAAAGGAGGACCUUGUUUACUCCGAUAGUGAGCAUUUCCCCCAGGGCGGGUUCACCUACCUUGAGAGGGUCUGCGGGUGGGCGAAGGAUGCGGGGCUCUAUAUCAUCCUCGACCUUCAUGGUGCCCCUGGCGCUCAACAAGCCGAUCAGCCGUUCACUGGGCAGUAUGCAUCGACUCCUGGGUUCUAUGUCGACUAUCAGUAUGAGCGUGCCUAUAAGUGGCUCGAGUGGAUGACGAACGUAACGCACACCAACUCGAACUUCGACACCGUAUAUGCCAUUGAGGUUGUCAAUGAACCUCUUCAGACUGCCAGCUCGGUCACGACAAUGAUAGAUACAUACUACCCGAUUGCCAUGAGUAGGAUCAACUCCAUGGAGGGGGGGCUUGGUGUGGCUACUUCUAAAAAGCUUCACGUUCAGAUGAUGAACCAAAAAUGGGGCUCUGGGGACCCGACAAAAGCACUCACGGAUGAAACCUACGCAUAUUAUGAUGACCAUCACUACGUUAAAUGGACCUCUGGUGUCACGGCUACGCGCGACGCCUAUAUGCAACAUUCUUGCACAAAUGAUCGUGGUGGAAAUACUCCAGUCGUUGUUGGUGAAUGGAGUUUGAGCCCAGCAGAUGAAGAUGGCAGUGAGUUCAGCAUCGAUGCUUCUGAUGCUGUUUCAUGGUACAGCAAAUGGUGGGCGGCACAGACCAUUAGCUAUGAGAAACAGGCGGGAUGGAUCUUUUGGUCGUGGAAGGUUGAAAAAAUUGGUGGUAGGAUAGACUGGAGAUGGGGUUACCAGCAGGCCGUUGCGGCGGGUGUCAUUCCAAGUGAUGCUUCAGAAGGAGCCAAGUCUACAGUUUGUGAUGGGUAUUAA